AUGCGAUUCACUGGAAAAUUGGGACCGCGUGUUGGGAAAGGUCGACUUGCCUGCAAUAACACCGUAUCCCGAGCAACAAAUAAUACACCAAGUCAGUUAUUAUUCGGAAUUGACCAAAUUGGUGAAACUAAUGAUUGUAUUAGAUUAAUAUUCGGUCGAUCAAUUAACAAAAGUGUUAACAAAAAGUUUAUUCCUAAGUUUAAGGGGCCGUAUGUUCUCAAAAAAAUACUUAAUUGUGACAGAUACGUUAUUGAAGAUUCAGAUGGGUUUCAGGUUACACAGUUACCUUAUAAUGGUAGCACCGGAUAA